AGGUUGACGCUGCAUUGCAGCUGUCAAUUCGAAAAAUUAAAAAAAAACGUGAAAUAUAUAGACGAUAAUUUGUAGAAAGUCUUAAGGUACACUCCACAUACUAGACCAAUAUUAAUACAUAAAAUAAUUUUGCAAGUGUUCGAUCACCGUUGAGUUCUUGCCACCUUUACACUUUUAGAUCAUCUCGUUUAUCUCGUAGGUGAAUGUUCUAUUAUUAAACUAUGGCUAGGGGACAACAGAAGCUACAAUCGCAAGCCAGAGCACAAGAAAAGCUUGCUAAGCAAAAAAAACAACAAGGCCAUAGUGCUACUGACCAGAAGAAGGCCGCACAGAAAGCUCUGGUGCACGUUUGUACUGUCUGUAAGGCCCAAAUGCCCGACCCCAAAACUUAUAAACAACACUUCGAAAAUAAACACCCAAAGAAUGAGGUGCCUGCCGAACUAAAAGACAUAUGAAAUUUUCCGUUUAUGUUUCACGCUGUCAGUGUUUCAACCCUACAGAAACACGUAUUUGUUGUUAGGAUCUUACAGGAGUUUUGUUUCACUCGCUAUUCAUGGUUCAUUUGGUUAAUUUCAGAGGUUGCUCUUAUUUGAACAUUAAUCAUAUUUAUUAGAACGCUGUUCUGUUUUCAGAUACUAUGUGAUUUUAUUCUUACAUUUGUACUAAUAAACAUGUUUUACCAA